GAUUGCAUGAUAUUAAGCCUUCCGUUGGUAGUCCGCUUGUCUAAAUGACCGGGACAGACACCGACAAAAGUACCAAACCUCGCGGAUGCUUCCAAUGCACUAAACGACGGAUUAUCUGCGAUAGGGCCGAACCCACGUGUCAAAAAUGUGUGAAGAAAGGGAUUGAGUGCAGUGGCCUCGGCCGCUUUCGAUUUGACAAUGGCGUCGCAACUCGCGGCAAACUAAAAGGUAGCAGCAUCCCUGUCCUCGAUGUCGACCCGGCAGCUGUGUAUAGGAAUUCAGUUCCGAUCGCCCCGCAGAUUCGAUGGUCUCAUGAGCGCAAAAAGCGAGUCAAGAAGGAGCGGGCUCCGAAAUCGGCCUUGACUGGCCCCAUCGAUACGCGCGCAACUGCCGUUGGACGACUAUCUGUGAUAUCGCUCGAGAACUGUACUUUGCCAUACAUCGAGGAGUUGGAUAACCGGCCAUACAAUACAGGUUCAACCAAACUCUCGAAUGCACUGUCAAGUUCGACAGCCGUUGCUGUGCACAAGAUUAAAUCCGUGCAGAAUCCCGCGACCAGCGCGCUACUAGAGGAAGACGUUGAGCAGGUCGACAAAGACAGUACUGGAUGCCUUGCAACCAGAAAGGUCCAGUCAAUUCAACCUUGGAUUGCGCCUCUGAACUCGCAAUUCCGUGGGCUCUUUGACUAUUUCGCGAAGAAUGUCGCCCCAGUCAUGGUUCUGAUCGACAUCUCCAAUGGCUAUCGCGAUUUCAUCCUUCCCAUGGCCUGUCAGGAUGAAGUGCUCCAGCGCGCCGUUGCUGUAGUGGCUGCUCAGCAUGUCGGGAUCCGGCAGCCAGCACUGCAAGCAGCAGCGGAAGCCAAUCGGUCCGCCAUCAUAUCUCGCUUGCUGCGGGCCUCCCAUGUCGCAUCGCCCGACCUUGUCUUUAAUCCGUCUACGUGGGCAACGCUUCUCGUGCUCCUGGUAGGCGAGACGGUGACCGGUGACCCCGAGUUUCGGUUCCUCCUUCAGACACUUUUCACUUUGGCCAAGAACGUCAAGUUCUCUGGGCACCCACAAUUUCACGAGUUCCUAGUUCAACAGACGGACAUGUUCUCCUUUUUCGGCCGGCCGCUGGUCGACAAGGAUGAAGGUGUCAAAGCAUUGAGCAAUCCGGUAGAUUCCGGAAUGUGGUUGCCGUCCGACGUUAGCGCAGAUGCUCAGCACAAUGAAACACUCUCUUUGGCCAGACAAGCAUUCACCCUUGGCGCUCAGAUCUCCCUGAUGCGGAUGACGUCCAACGAAAAUUCGUGGCAUGUGCGGGAGAAACUGCGUCAGCUCUUAUGUCAGGCGCACCCAACAGACCCGGGGGCUCAUGCGUUUGUCUGGCCAUGCUUCGUCGCGGCUGCGGAUAGCACUGAACCGGAAUAUCGCGAGUUCUUCAGUAACUACAUGAAGGCAAUCCAUACGAAGACGCUGUUUGGAAACAUCACCAAGGCUCUUGAUUCAUUGCCGACCAUUUGGGAUCCAAAAUCGAAGAUAUGGACUGAGACUCUAACUGACGUGUCUCGUAUUCUCAUCAUGUGACAUUGUGGUUGUAACUUGAAGGGAACACUCUAAGAUGCCGCGAGCCAGGACGCUCUGGUGCGAAACUCAC